AUGGGUUUCGACUCAGAGGGGACGGUCACGAUGUCCCAGAUGUGGAUGCUGAGAUGGGUCUGGAUACUGGUGGGGCUGCAGUCCAUACAAGCAGGCUUUAUGGGAGAUUACAGAGAUAUGGAAAAUCCUUUGACUCCUAUGUGGCCAACAACACCAGCUAUCUCUAUAACAAGUGUGCCAGUAAUUACAGUUGAACCCAACCCCGAUCAUCAGUCCACGAUCUGCAGCACAUGGGGAAAUUUCCACUUCAAGACGUUCGAUGGUCAUUUCUUUCAACUGCCAGACACAUGCAACUAUGUUCUGGCGGUGAUGUGUGAUGCCGCAUCAUCCGAUUUUAACAUCCAGAUGCAAAGGGAGACUGUAAAUGGCUCGAUCUCAUUUAGCACAGUCUUAAUAAAGCUGGACGGGACAGUCAUCAAAGUCACGGACAGCGACAUCACUAUGGGUGAAGAAACGGUCACAGUUCCUACUUAUAAGAAUGGAAUUAAAAUCGAGGGAAGUCCAACCAGUUUCAAGAUCUCCAACAAGCAUGGAGUGACUGUCUUUUGGGAGGAAGACAACUCUCUGUCGAUUGAACUUCCUGAGAAGUAUAAAGGCCAGACCUGUGGACUCUGUGGAGACUUCAAUGGCAACUUGGCUGAUGAUAUCACUGAUAAUGGUCCGGCUACAUGGAAGGUGUCCAUAUCAACUGAAAUCUGUGAGGAGGUCACUCUUCCAUCUACUGUUCCGUGUGACGAGCUCUCAGAGCAGGCAAGCCUUUGCGAGGAGUACCUCAUCAGUCCAGGGUUUAGUGGCUGUUAUGAUGUGAUGGACAUGAGAAUAUUUCAAAAAGCCUGUGUGAGCGACCUGUGUCAAUGUUACGGCAACCAUGACUGUCUGUGCAACACUCUAACAGAGAUCUCACGACAAUGCACACAUGCUGGAGGACAACCAGGAACAUGGAGGACAGAACAGCUCUGUCCAAAGACGUGUCCUCUAAACCUGCAAUACCUGGAGUGUGGAGGUCCAUGCAAGAACACCUGCUCAGCCCCAACUGCAAAUCUAAUGUGUACCGAUCACUGUGUGGACGGCUGUUUCUGCCCUGAAGGCACCGUUGAAGACGACAUUGGUCAGAGUGGUUGUGUUGCUGUGAACGAGUGUCCAUGUGUGCAUGACGGCACAGUAUAUAAAUCAGGAGAGUCUUACAAACAAGCUUGCAAAUCAUGUACAUGUGAUGCUGGACACUGGACCUGCACAUACCUGGACUGUCCCGGGACAUGCUCUGUUGUUGGAGGGUCUCACGUCACCACUUAUGAUGGAAAGAGCUUCACCUUCAGCGGGAACUGCGACUACAUCCUCACUAAGCACUCUACAGACAGUGACUUUGCUGUUGUGGGAAAUCUGGCAAAGUGUGAAGCAUCCCGAACAGAUACCUGCUUACAUUCAGUUACCCUUGUCAUCUCUGGGACCACUAUUAGUUUUUCCUCCAGUGGAGAUGUGACAUUAAAUAACAUCAGUCCGAAAGAGCUUCCUUUCAGCAUAGGUCCUGUGAGCAUCUUCCAGCCAUCUUCCUCCUUCAUUAUUGCUGAUUUGACGAGUGUUCGUCUGGAGAUUCAGCUGGCUCCAGUCAUGCAGUUGUACAUUGUAGCCAGCACUGAAGAGAAAGGAAAAAUGACUGGUCUGUGUGGGAACUAUAAUGAUGUCCAAACAGAUGAUUUUAAAACCGAAUCAGGCAUUAUAGAGGGCACCCCAACAACCUUUGUCAACUUUUGGAAACAAAAUUGUCCAGAUCUAGAAAUCACUUUUGACAACCCCUGCAGCUUGAACAUGGACACAGAGAAACUUGCUAAAGACUGGUGCUCCCGCCUCACAAAUCCAAAUGGCACCUUUUCCGAGUGUCACUCAGAAAUAUGUCCUGAGAUGUACUACCAAAGGUGCGUCUAUGACACCUGCAAGUGUGCAGAUAUUAGGAAGUGCAUCUGUGCAGCCGUGUCCACCUAUGCCCACGCAUGUGCCGCCAGAGGAAUCAUUCUCCAGGACUGGAUGGACUCAGACCCUUGUGAAUCUGAGUGUCAAGAGAACAUGAAGCACUCCUAUGAAGUGACCAGCUGUGGCAGCACUUGCCGUUCUCUCAGUGGACAAGAAAACACCUGCCAAGGGUCUUUCACACCUGUACAUGGAUGUGUUUGUUCUGAGGGAACCUACCUUAAUGAAGAAGGCAAAUGUGUACAGGUUGGAAUGUGUCCUUGUUAUUAUGGCAACCAGGUCAUACAGCCAUCCGCAGAGUUCAACAAGGACGGUGCUAAAUGCACCUGUAACAAUGGAAAACUGGAUUGCUCCAGUCAUGAAGACUGUGUGGCUCCGAUGACAUUCUUCAAAUGCUCACAUCCUGGAGAAAAAGGCACAGAGUGUCAGAGGACAUGCGACAAACAAGACCCAAACAAUUGCGUGAGCACAGGGUGCGUAUCAGGGUGUAUGUGUCCUGAGGGUCUUUUGGCUGAUGGAAAUAGUGGGUGUGUAAUGAGGGAAAAAUGUCAGUGCACCCAUAACGGUGUCACAAGUUCACCUGGGGAUCAAGUUCAACAGGACUGUAACACCUGCACAUGCACAAACGGUAUGUGGAUUUGUACACAAAAGGCAUGUUACGGCACCUGUACCAUCUACGGUGAAGGUCAUUUCAGGACAUUUGAUGGCAACAGAUACUCCUUCCAUGGAGACUGUGAACACACCUUAGCUCACGAUUACUGUGAUGGAAACCCCAGUCCCUCUUUCCGCCUUGUCACCGAGAACAUCCCCUGUGCAACUGCCAGCUCCAUUUGCUCCAAGUCUAUAAAUCUUUUCUUUGGGAAAUAUGAGAUGAUUUUAUCCGAGGAUGAUGGAGUGAAAGUUGUUGAAGGCAAUGGCACAGAAUACAAAUAUCAAAUCAAUUAUGGAGGCAUAUAUGUUGUCAUAGAGAUCGAAGGUCUUCUGAACCUAAUCUGGGAUGAGAAAACAAGUGUGAUGAUCCAGCUCCAUCCCAAAUUAAAGGGCAAGGUGUGUGGACUGUGUGGAAACUUUGAUGGCAAUGCAAACAAUGACUUCAUGAAGCACAAUGGAGAAGUGGUGACAGAUCCAGAGGAAUUUGGCAAUAGCUGGAAGGUGGAUUCAAAUUGUCCAGAUGUGACAAAUGUGAUGCAUCCUUGUGAAGCACAUCCACAUAGGAAUUCCUGGGCUAUCAAGCAAUGCAGAAUCAUCACAAGCCCUGUCUUUACAGAUUGUCAUUCACUUGUGGACUCUGCCCCAUAUUAUGAUGCCUGUGUUCGGGACACCUGCGCAUGUGACAGCGGAGGUGACUGCGAUUGUCUCUGUACUGCAGUGGGAGCUUACGCCGCUGAAUGCCGUAAAAGAGGAGCUUGUGUUGCAUGGCGAACACCAGACUUUUGCCCUUUAUUUUGUGACUACUACAAUGCUCCAGGAGAAUGUCAGUGGCACUAUAAAACCUGUGGAUCAACCUGCAUGAAAACCUGCAGAAACCCCUUAGGAGCCUGCUCUGAUCAAAUUCCUCCCCUUGAAGGUUGUUUUCUUCAGUGCCCUUCUGAGAGACCAUAUCUCCGAGAGGAGACCAUGAAGUGUGUCACAGAGGAAGGAUGUAAAGACUGUUUCUAUGAUGGCAAGGUAUAUCCACGUGGAUCAGUCAUUUACAACACCACAGAUGGGAGUGGUGCAUGUUUGUCCGCUACAUGUGAUUACAAUGGAGAAAUAAUCAGAGUGAUAAAAACUGAUUGCAUAAUCACAACAACACCUUUCACUUUUACAACAACACCAUCUACAACUGUUACAAUAACAUCAACGGAAACACCAUCCACAAUCACAUCCACAGUUACACCAACCACUGGAACUUCGACACCAACUUCUACAGAAACACCAAUCACAACAACAUCCAUUACUUCACCAACGACUGAAACAUCGACACCAACUUCUACAGAAACACCACCCACAACAACAUCCACUACUUCACCAACUACUGAAACAUCAACACCUACUUCAACAGAGACACCAUCCACAAUCACAUCCACUGUUACACCAACUACUGAAACAUCGACACCUACAUCAACAGAAAUAGUACCUACACCUAGUACAACUACUGCUACAACAACACCUACCAGUACAACUCCAAUCUGUGUCCGUAGAUGUGAAUGGUCAGAUUGGAUUGAUAGCAACACACCCAAUACAGAGCCAGAAGGAUUUGAGACUGAAUCCAUCCAAUUAUUAUGGAACUCAAGGAGGAUAACUUGUCUGAGUCCUGAAGAGGUUGAAUGUAGGGCAGUGAAUUAUCCCCAAAAGACGCUGCAAGAGUUGGGACAAACAGUUUAUUGCAAUACAUCAUUUGGACUGUCAUGUUCUAAUGAAGACAAUGCAGAGGGCUUGCCACCAAUUUGUUAUAAUUAUGAAAUACGUGUACACUGUUGUGAAGACAACUGUAUUUCAACUACAACCCCUAGUACACCAUCUACAUCAACAGAAACGCCAUCCACAACCGCAUCCACUACUUCACCAACUACUGAAACAUCAACCCCUACUUCAACAGAAACACCAUCCACAAUCACAUCAACUGUUACACCAACUACUGGAACGUCGACACCAACUUCUACAGAAACACCAAUCACAACAACAUCCAUUACUUCACCAACAACUGAAACAUCGACACCAACUUCUACAGAAACACCACCCACAACAGCAUCCACUACUUCACCAACUACUGAAACAUCAACACCUACUUCAACAGAGACACCAUCCACAAUCACAUCCACUGUUACACCAACUACUGAAACAUUGACACCUACAUCAACAGAAAUAGUACCUACACCUAGUACAACUACUGCUACAACAACACCUACCAGUACAACUCCAAUCUGUGUCCGUAGAUGUGAAUGGUCAGAUUGGAUUGAUAGCAACACACCCAAUACAGAGCCAGAAGGAUUUGAGACUGAAUCCAUCCAAUUAUUAUGGAACUCAAGGAGGAUAACUUGUCUGAGUCCUGAAGAGGUUGAAUGUAGGGCAGUGAAUUAUCCCCAAAAGACGCUGCAAGAGUUGGGACAAACAGUUUAUUGCAAUACAUCAUUUGGACUGUCAUGUUCUAAUGAAGACAAUGCAGAGGGCUUGCCACCAAUUUGUUAUAAUUAUGAAAUACGUGUACACUGUUGUGAAGACAACUGUAUUUCAACUACAACCCCUAGUACACCAUCUACAUCAACAGAAACGCCAUCCACAACCGCAUCCACUACUUCACCAACUACUGAAACAUCAACCCCUACUUCAACAGAAACACCAUCCACAAUCACAUCAACUGUUACACCAACUACUGGAACGUCGACACCAACUUCUACAGAAACACCAAUCACAACAACAUCCAUUACUUCACCAACAACUGAAACAUCGACACCAACUUCAACAGAAACACCACCCACAACAGCAUCCACUACUUCACCAACUACUGAAACAUCAACACCUACUUCAACAGAGACACCAUCCACAAUCACAUCCACUGUUACACCAACUACUGAAACAUUGACACCUACAUCAACAGAAAUAGUGCCUACACCUAGUACAACUACUGCUACAACAACACCUACCAGUACAACAACUUCAAUCUGUGUCCGCAGAUGUGAAUGGUCAGAUUGGAUUGAUAGCAACACACCCAAUACAGAGCCAGAAGGAUCUGAGAAUGAAUCCAUCCAAUUAUUAUGGAACUCAAGGAGGAUAACUUGUCAGAGUCCUGAAGAGGUUGAAUGUAGGGCAGUGAAUUAUCCCCAAAAGACGCUGCAAGAGUUGGGACAAACAGUUUAUUGCAAUACAUCAUUUGGACUGUCAUGUUCUAAUGAAGACAAUGCAGAGGGCUUGCCACCAAUUUGUUAUAAUUAUGAAAUACGUGUACAUUGUUGUGAAGACAACUGUAUUUCAACUACAACCCCUAGUACACCAUCUACAUCAACAGAAACGCCAUCCACAACCGCAUCCACUACUUCACCAACUACUGAAACAUCAACCCCUACUUCAACAGAAACACCAUCCACUAUCACAUCAACUGUUACACCAACUACUGGAACGUCGACACCAACUUCUUCAGAAACACCAAUCACAACAACAUCCAUUACUUCACCAACAACUGAAACAUCGACACCAACUUCAACAGAAACACCACCCACAACAGCAUCCACUACUUCACCAACUACUGAAACAUCAACACCUACUUCAACAGAGACACCAUCCACAAUCACAUCCACUGUUACACCAACUACUGAAACAUUGACACCUACAUCAACAGAAACAGUACCUACACCUAGUACAACUACUGCUACAACAACACCUACCAGUACAACAACUUCAAUCUGUGUCCGCAGAUGUGAAUGGUCAGAUUGGAUUGAUAGCAACACACCCAAUACAGAGCCAGAAGGAUCUGAGAAUGAAUCCAUCCAAUUAUUAUGGAACUCAAGGAGGAUAACUUGUCAGAGUCCUGAAGAGGUUGAAUGUAGGGCAGUGAAUUAUCCCCAAAAGACGCUGCAAGAGUUGGGACAAACAGUUUAUUGCAAUACAUCAUUUGGACUGUCAUGUUCUAAUGAAGACAAUGCAGAGGGCUUGCCACCAAUUUGUUAUAAUUAUGAAAUACGUGUACAUUGUUGUGAAGACAACUGUAUUUCAACUACAACCCCUAGUACACCAUCUACAUCAACAGAAACGCCAUCCACAACCGCAUCCACUACUUCACCAACUACUGAAACAUCAACCCCUACUUCAACAGAAACACCAUCCACAAUCACAUCAACUGUUACACCAACUACUGGAACGUCGACACCAACUUCUACAGAAACACCAAUCACAACAACAUCCAUUACUUCACCAACAACUGAAACAUCGACACCAACUUCAACAGAAACACCACCCACAACAGCAUCCACUACUUCACCAACUACUGAAACAUCAACACCUACUUCAACAGAGACACCAUCCACAAUCACAUCCACUGUUACACCAACUACUGAAACAUUGACACCUACAUCAACAGAAAUAGUACCUACACCUAGUACAACUACUGCUACAACAACACCUACCAGUACAACUUCAAUCUGUGUCCGCAGAUGUGAAUGGUCAGAUUGGAUUGAUAGCAACACACCCAAUACAGAGCCAGAAGGAUCUGAGAAUGAAUCCAUCCAAUUAUUAUGGAACUCAAAGAGGAUAACUUGUCAGAGUCCUGAAGAGGUUGAAUGUAGGGCAGUGAAUUAUCCCCAAAAGACGCUGCAAGAGUUGGGACAAACAGUUUAUUGCAAUACAUCAUUUGGACUGUCAUGUUCUAAUGAAGACAAUGCAGAGGGCUUGCCACCAAUUUGUUAUAAUUAUGAAAUACGUGUACACUGUUGUGAAGACAACUGUAUUUCAACUACAACCCCUAGUACACCAUCUACAUCAACAGAAACGCCAUCCACAACCGCAUCCACUACUUCACCAACUACUGAAACAUCAACCCCUACUUCAACAGAAACACCAUCCACAAUCACAUCAACUGUUACACCAACUACUGGAACAUCGACACCAACUUCUACAGAAACACCAAUCACAACAACAUCCAUUACUUCACCAACAACUGAAACAUCGACACCAACUUCUACAGAAACACCACCCACAACAGCAUCCACUACUUCACCAACUACUGAAACAUCAACACCUACUUCAACAGAGACACCAUCCACAAUCACAUCCACUGUUACACCAACUACUGAAACAUUGACACCUACAUCAACAGAAAUAGUUCCUACACCUAGUACAACUACUGCUACAACAACACCUACCAGUACAACAACUUCAAUCUGUGUCCGCAGAUGUGAAUGGUCAGAUUGGAUUGAUAGCAACACACCCAAUACAGAGCCAGAAGGAUCUGAGAAUGAAUCCAUCCAAUUAUUAUGGAACUCAAGGAGGAUAACUUGUCAGAGUCCUGAAGAGGUUGAAUGUAGGGCAGUGAAUUAUCCCCAAAAGACGCUGCAAGAGUUGGGACAAACAGUUUAUUGCAAUACAUCAUUUGGACUGUCAUGUUCUAAUGAAGACAAUGCAGAGGGCUUGCCACCAAUUUGUUAUAAUUAUGAAAUACGUGUACACUGUUGUGAAGACAACUGUAUUUCAACUACAACCCCUAGUACACCAUCUACAUCAACAGAAACGCCAUCCACAACCGCAUCCACUACUUCACCAACUACUGAAACAUCGACACCAACUUCAACAGAAACACCAUCCACAAUCACAUCAACUGUUACACCAACUACUGGAACGUUGACACCAACUUCUACAGAAACACCAAUCACAACAACAUCCAUUACUUCACCAACAACUGAAACAUCGACACCAACUUCAACAGAAACACCACCCACAACAGCAUCCACUACUUCACCAACUACUGAAACAUCAACACCUACUUCAACAGAAACACCACCCACAACAGCAUCCACUACUUCACCAACUACUGAAACAUCAACACCUACUUCAACAGAGACACCAUCCACAAUCACAUCCACUGUUACACCAACUACUGAAACAUUGACACCUACAUCAACAGAAAUAGUACCUACACCUAGUACAACUACUGCUACAACAACACCUACCAGUACAACAACUUCAAUCUGUGUCCGCAGAUGUGAAUGGUCAGAUUGGAUUGAUAGCAACACACCCAAUACAGAGCCAGAAGGAUCUGAGAAUGAAUCCAUCCAAUUAUUAUGGAACUCAAAGAGGAUAACUUGUCAGAGUCCUGAAGAGGUUGAAUGUAGGGCAGUGAAUUAUCCCCAAAAGACGCUGCAAGAGUUGGGACAAACAGUUUAUUGCAAUACAUCAUUUGGACUGUCAUGUUCUAAUGAAGACAAUGCAGAGGGCUUGCCACCAAUUUGUUAUAAUUAUGAAAUACGUGUACAUUGUUGUGAAGACAACUGUAUUUCAACUACAACCCCUGGUACACCAUCUACAUCAACAGAAACGCCAUCCACAACCGCAUCCACUACUUCACCAACUACUGAAACAUCAACCCCUACUUCAACAGAAACACCAUCCACAAUCACAUCAACUGUUACACCAACUACUGGAACAUCGACACCAACUUCUACAGUAACACCAAUCACAACAACAUCCAUUACUUCACCAACAACUGAAACAUUGACACCAACUUCUACAGAAACACCACCCACAACAGCAUCCACUACUUCACCAACUACUGAAACAUCAACACCUACUUCAACAGAGACACCAUCCACAAUCACAUCCACUGUUACACCAACUACUGAAACAUUGACACCUACAUCAACAGAAAUAGUACCUACACCUAGUACAACUACUGCUACAACAACACCUACCAGUACAACAACUUCAAUCUGUGUCCGCAGAUGUGAAUGGUCAGAUUGGAUUGAUAGCAACACACCCAAUACAGAGCCAGAAGGAUCUGAGAAUGAAUCCAUCCAAUUAUUAUGGAACUCAAGGAGGAUAACUUGUCAGAGUCCUGAAGAGGUUGAAUGUAGGGCAGUGAAUUAUCCCCAAAAGACGCUGCAAGAGUUGGGACAAACAGUUUAUUGCAAUACAUCAUUUGGACUGUCAUGUUCUAAUGAAGACAAUGCAGAGGGCUUGCCACCAAUUUGUUAUAAUUAUGAAAUACGUGUACACUGUUGUGAAGACAACUGUAUUUCAACUACAACCCCUAGUACACCAUCUACAUCAACAGAAACGCCAUCCACAACCGCAUCCACUACUUCACCAACUACUGAAACAUCAACCCCUACUUCAACAGAAACACCAUCCACAAUCACAUCAACUGUUACACCAACUACUGGAACAUCGACACCAACUUCUACAGAAACACCAAUCACAACAACAUCCAUUACUUCACCAACAACUGAAACAUCGACACCAACUUCAACAGAAACACCACCCACAACAGCAUCUUCUACUUCACCAACUACUGAAACAUCAACACCUACUUCAACAGAGACACCAUCCACAAUCACAUCCACUGUUACACCAACUACUGAAACAUCAACACCUACAUCAACAGAAACACCAUCCACAACCGCAUCCACUACUUCACCAACUACUGAAACAUCAACACCCACUUCAACAGAAACACCAUCUACAAUCACAUUUACUACUACACCAGCUACUGGGACAUCAAUGCCUACGCCAACAGAAACACCAUCUACAACUGUUACAAUAACAACUAUAUCAACAGAAACUCCAUCUACAACAGAACCAGUAACAUAUAUACCAACAGAAACUCCAUCUACAACAGUUCCAUUAACACCUUUAUCAACAGAAUCUCCAACUACAACUGUUACAGUAACAACUAUAUCAACAGAAACUCCAUCUACAACUGUUACAGUAACAACUACAUCAACAGAAACUCCAUCUACAACAGUUCCAGUAACAUCUAUACCAACAGAAACUCCAUCUACCACAGUUCCAGUAACAACUAUACCAACAGAAACUCCAUCUACAACUGUUACGGUAACAACUAUAUCAACAGAAACUCCAUCUACAACAGUUCCAGUAACAUCUAUACCAACAGAAGCUCCAUCUACAACAGUUCCAGUAACAACUAUACCAACAGAAACUCCAUCUACAACUGUUACGGUAACAACUAUAUCAACAGAAACUCCAUCUACAACAGUUCCAGUAACAUCUAUACCAACAGAAACUCCAUCUACAACAGUUCCAGUAACAACUAUACCAACAGAAACUCCAUCUACAACUGUUACGGUAACAACUAUAUCAACAGAAACUCCAUCUACAACAGUUCCAGUAACAUCUAUACCAACAGAAACUCCAUCUACAACAGUUCCAGUAACAACUAUACCAACAGAAACUCCAUCUACAACAGUUCCAGUAACAUCUAUAACAACAGAAACUCCAUCUACAACAGUUCCAGUAACAUCUAUACCAACAGAAACUCCAUCUACAACAGUUCCAGUAACAACUAUACCAACAGAAUCUCCAUCUACAAUUGUUACAGCAACACCCAAAUCAACAAAAACACCAUCUACAAUUUUUACAGUAACUUCCAUAUCAACAGAAACACCAUCUAUAACUACUGGAUCAUCAACAACUAUGUCAACAGAAACGCCAUCUACAUCUAGCAAAUCUACAACAACAUCCACAUCAACAAAGCCUGUUACUACUACAACAAAGUUUACUGUGCAUACAGGGCCAGUUCGCACCACUCCAAAUCCAGAGCACCAAUCAACUCAAUGUAACUGCACAUAUUUAAAUGCAAUAUUCUUACCAGGGUCUUCAAUCUACAAUAAAACAGAUAAAGCAGGUUGGUGCUUUUCCGCUUACUGCAACUCCUCGUGCAGUAUUAUCAUACAAGCUCAGCCAUGUGCAACAACAACACCACCAACAACAACACCAACAACGACAGCAAAACCGAACAAAAAUGAUUGCACACAGGUCCAAAGAAAGAAUAUGGAGUCCUGGAUUGAAAACUGCAAAAACAACACGUGUAUAAAUGGCAAGGUAACCUCGGUGGCUCUACAGUGUGACAAAUCUGACAAGGUCAUACCUACGUGUACCAAUGGAAUUAAAGCUAAGAAGGUGUCUUAUAACAACGGCUGCUGCUCUAGAUAUGAAUGCGAAUGUAAAUGCAGUGGUUGGGGUGACCCACAUUACCAAACGUUUGAUGGAACAUACUAUGAUUUCCAAGGAAAUUGCACUUACGUCUUGUUCAAAGAAAUCGUCCCAAGAUACAACAUCAGUGCCUAUGUUAAAAACUACUUCUGUGAUCUUAAAAAUAAUCUUGCCUGCCCAGAGUAUGUGAUUGUGAACUACAAAUCAUAUAGUAUCAAGCUGACAAGCAACACCAAAGAGAUUGAGGUCUAUGUUAAUGAUGAAUUGAAACAACUAACUUAUGUCAAUAACAACUUCUUCAUCACCACCUCUGGCAUUGGAGUCAUUUUGAACAUCACUGAAAUCAAUGUUGACAUUACUGUGAAUCAUCAAGGCUUUGUGAUCAAUCUCCCAUUCUCCUUCUUCAAUGGUAAUACAGAGGGGCAGUGUGGUGUCUGCGACAACAACCGUGCAAAUGACUGCAGACGUCCUGAUGGACAAAUCGACCAAUCGUGUGCGAACAUGGCACAGCUUUGGAUGGUUCCCCCAGGAUGCCAGCCUCCUAAACCUAUACCUAAGCCUACACCUCCUCCAGUUAUCUGCAACCCCAGUAUUUGUGAAUACAUCAAGGGCGACAUGUUUAAGGACUGCCAUGAUCAUAUUCCUUAUGAAAGUUAUUAUGAGUCAUGCAAAUUUGAUGUGUGCCGCAUGGGAAACCGCUCUAUUGGUUGUACCAGUCUUGAGGCGUAUGCUGCAUUAUGUGGAAAAGAGGGCAUCUGUGUGGACUGGAGAACCUCAGAUGACCUCAAGCGAACAUGUGCACACAAAUGCCCCAGUCACAAAGUCUACAAUGCAUGUGGACCUAAAGUUGAAAAAACCUGCAGUACCAGGUACAAUGACUUGUUUGUGGAGAAAGACUGUCAAGGCGAAAGCUGUCAUCAAACAUAUAUGGAAGGUUGUUUCUGUCCUGAUAACACCUAUCUAGUUAGUUCAACAACAGAUUACUGUACGGCUUACUGCGACUGCAUCGGCCCUGAUGGAUUACCUCGAGAGCCUGGAGACACAUGGACCAUGGACUGUUACACAUACACCUGUUCCAAUGAGACCUUUGGGAUCACCAAAGAAUUAGUUGGGUGUCCGACUAUAGUGCCCUGUGGACCCGAACACAAACUAAUCAUUGACAACUGCUGUCCAACCUGCGUGUGUGAUCUCGAGGUCUGUCUCCACAAGAAAUGUGAUGUGGGAUUCGAGUUAGCUGAACAUACAAAUGAAGGCAGUUGCUGUCCACUCUGUGUGCCGAAAGACGUCUGUGUGUACAACAACACCGAGUAUCAGCCUGGAUCUACAAUCCACCCAGACCCUUGUGUCGAAUGUAACUGUGACUUAGAGAAAGACCCAGAGACACAACUACACACCGUCUCCUGUGUUUCUAAAAUCUGUGAACCUUGCCCUGAGGGCUUUGAGCUCGUGGAACAAAAAGGCGAGUGUUGUGGAACAUGCAAGCCAAAUGCCUGUAUUUAUGUGUCGGAUAACAUCACACAUAUUCUCAGUGAGGGAGAGAGUUACAAUUAUAAAUGUGAAAGUGUGACCUGUCAACAAGUCAAUGGGACGUACAUAAUAGAGAAGACCAUUCCAACCUGUCCCGAAAUCAAUCCAGAUCAAUGUGUGCCUGGAACACUGGGACUCGAUGACGAUGGAUGUUGCAACACCUGUGAACUCAAGAACUGUGUUCGUGUGAAGAACAUGACAGAUGUCACAGUGAAUGACUGCAAGUCCAUCAGCCCCAUUGAAGUGACAUCCUGCAAUGGAAACUGUGACACAGAAUCAAUGUAUUCAAUGGGCGCAAACAUCAUGAUGCACAGCUGUUCCUGCUGUAAGGAGACGAAAACCAGCGUUAAAAAGGUGACGCUAAAGUGUGCGGACGGCAGAGAAAUCCCUCAUGACUACGUCUACAUAGAGAGCUGCAGGUGCACUCCUAUUACAUGUGAAAACCAGAAAACCAGUGGAUAAAAGAUCCAGUUCAGAUUGGUUUAAUGGCUACAAUUCCAAAUAAAAGGAAAAAUAUGUAUCUUUUAGUGAAUGACUACCAUUCAGCUCUUUGUUCUCCAACUACUGUCUCUGAGGGAAUUUUCAGGACAUUUUAAAUUGUUUUAUUUGCUCUUAAGUGAUGCAAAAUAUAAUUCUUCUAGGUUUUCUUCUUGUGUAUGGAUGAAUGAUGACUCUAAUAAAGCAAAAUAAAUAGCAACAAAAA